AUGAGUAAAGAAGAUGACAAUUUCAAAAUUCCAAUAGUUCUACCAUCCGAUCAUCAUGUUGUGAAGAGUCUUAUUUUAGGCAAACAUCAAGAGCUUGGACAUCCAGGAGUACAAUCUUUAAUGGUGGCUCUUAGAGAAAAUUAUUGGAUUCUUAAAAGCCGAAGAACUAUCAAGAAGAUAAUCAGAACCUGUGUCGUUUGCCAAAGAUUUAGUGUCAAACAACCCGACAUUCCAGAAGGUACACUGCCAGAGGAUCGAGUACGAGAGGCCUCGGUAUUCGAAGUUAUUGGGGUGGACGUUGCUGGUCCUUUGAUUAUCAAAGAAAAUAAGAAAGUUUGGAUCCUUAUUUUUACUUGUGCUGUCUAUCGCGCUGUUCAUUUGGAACUACUAGCAGCUUUGUCAACAGACAAUUUCAUUUUAGCUCUGAGAAGAUUUAUAGCGAGAAGAGGUCGCCCCACCAUUAUAUACUCGGAUAAUGGCACGAAUUUCAUCGGCGCGGACAACUCCUUAAAAAAGAUCAACAUUGAAAAAUUGAAAAUAGCAUUUGCUCCCAUAAUCUGGAAAUUCAUUCCUCCAAGCGCGCCCUGGUGGGGUGGGUUCUGGGAGCGCUUGAUAGGCAUGCUAAAAAGAAUCCUAAGAAAAGUCUUAGGUUGCUCUUCUUUGAACUACCAAGAAAUGGAGACAGUACUCUGCGACUGCGAAAGUCAAUUAAAUUCUCGUCCUCUGACUUACAUCAGUGACGAUCCCGAUGAUCUGCAUCCUUUAACGCCUGAACUGUUCAUAAAAGACACUCGCAGUAGUCUCACAGUAGACUUAGACAAUCUAAAAUCAGACAAAAAGGAAUUAAACAAACGACUCAUCUAUAGGAGAAGAUUGAUGUCGGAUUUGCGCUUCAGAUUUCGUAGUGAAUACUUAAGUCAGUUGCGGCAGAGGCCAUUUAUGAAAAAAAAAAUCUAUCAUCCUAAGAUAGGUGAUAUCGUCUUGAUAUGGGAUGAAAACCUAAAAAGAAUAUGUUGGCCUCUAGGUAGAAUCUUGUCAAUUUAUCUCAGCAAAGAUUCUAUUGCGAGAACGGCUAAGAUAAAAACGAAAUCAGGAAUACUGAUUAGGCCUAUUCGGAAGCUAUGUCCCUUGGAACUCGAUGAAGAAAAACUCCCCAUCAACGACGAACCUAAAAAAAAAGAUACUAAAAGUCAAGAAAUUCCUGAAGCUUUUCCGGAUGCACCUGAGACUCCUGGGCUUCCUCCAGUCACCACGAGAUUUGGACGGUUAGUCCGAUUGCCGGACAAAUACAGACCAUGA